AUGACAUCCCUCUCCAGAGGCUCCGAUUGGUCCGUGGGUAGUUCUUCCGCGUGGACGGUGCACUCGGACAGGGACAGCCGCCUGGAACGGUACAGAAGCUUCGAAGAUAUCCCCGCUUCUCCGCGAGCGAAAAGCAGGCGCGCAUCUUUUGAUAGGGAUAACGCUCUUUAUGGGAGCGGCCUCGCCCUGUCCGUGUUGAAAGAUAGCUACAAAGGCUUCGAUAGCUCCACCGAUAUAUCGCCGCAGAUCAGAAAGUUGAGGGGGAAUCUUUCGUUCCACGAUUCUUUGCAAGAUUUUAAAACGACUGUCGUAGCGAAGGAUGAUGAAAAGACGGGCGCUGUCGUCCGGGAGGAUAUUGAAAAAGAAAAACUCGAAGUGCGGCAACCGACGUAUAGGGACAUAUCUAUUGCUAGGUCCGUGUUCAAAGAUAGCUACAAAGGCUUCGAUAGCUCCACCGAUAUAUCGCCGCAGAUCAGAAAAAUGAGGCGGAACCUUUCGUUCCACGACUCUUUGCAAGAUUUUAAAACUACCGUCGUAGCGAAGGAUGAGGAAAAGACGGGCGCCGACGCCCGGCAGGACAUUGAAAAAGAAAAACUCGAAGUGCGGCUACCGGCGUAUAGGGACAUAUCUAUUGCUAGGAGCAAUCCAGUAGGAGAGAAAGAAGAAAAACAGAAUACUCCACGACAAAGAAAAGUAGCUAUACCUCUCAAAAGGACUCUGUCAUUUGAAAGGAAGAAAACUGAAGUUAAUCUAAGGAAGGAGGUUCUAAAACAGACCGUUCCGAACUUCAAGAGUUGCGAAGAUUUGUCGUCACGGAGUAACGUGAAAGUUACAAGAAGCGAAUCCGCCGAAAACUUAUCAAAGUCGGCUCCUUUAGGUUUGACGCUUCGUAAGGAUAGCUAUCAAGGAAUGAAACUCGGUAGCGGAAAUAUUUCUUCGACUAUUCGAAAGUUACAAGAGAGUUUGUCGUUCGUCUCGCCCCCGAAAGCCAGGGACUUGCCCGCUAUCGUUAUACACGACGUUGAUCGUCGCGCAAGUGAUGCCAAAUAUGAAAAUAUUUCCACGAAUACUUCCAAUGUAGUAGAAAUAAGUAGAAAUUGUGAUUGUCGAAUUUGUAGUGACGAGGAAAGGGAAGACGGGAGGUCUGUGUGGCAUAGGAUUUUUUGUAAACUGUUUAUGAAGACCGUUUCCAAUAGGGCCGAAAGAAAGUAUUGGGACGAGAACAACAAUUUAGACGAGGGUGAAAUGUACAAGUGUAUCAUGCAUACGUUGAAAUUGCUCUUCGGGCUUUGGUUGAGGCAUUUGGAUCACAAUUGAUAUUGGAAACGGUUUAGUCGCUUGUAGUUAUUUGUUGCUUAGUGUUGUUAAGAUGUUAAUGCCGACGGUAGGCGUAUUUCUAACUUGACACAUUAUUAUGAUUUUUACACUUCACGACUUAUAAUGAGAAUAUAAAAUGCACACUUUGUGUUACGCACUUGCGUGUAAAUUAGUCAUCGUGUUCUACGGGUGUGUACGAGCAUAGAUAAAAUAAAUAAACUAAGCGCUCGAAGUGGACAGUUAAAACUAGACGAGGCUGAACGGCAUCGUACGUUAUGCGGCAAUCAGGUUGUCAUGCGUUAAAGUACUAAUAGACGUAAGUACCGCACCGAACCACGACUUUGGUCCAGUCCGCAUAUCUCUGUUGCUCUAACCCAUUCUUCUUCUUGUUUUUCUAGGGGCUAUGUAAGGCUCCAGAGCCUAUGUAUCACUGCGACCAUCUCUGAUCUAUUGUGAUCGCCACAACAACAACAACAACAACAACAAGUCUCGAUCCAAACCUGCAACUUCAAACAGCUACAGGAUCUUUUUGGUUUCGAGAGACUUUAACUCCUCCGGGCGCAAUAUAUGUCCACCCAGGAUCAAGUCACGAUGCUCUAACCCAUAGUUGCGGCCUUAUCGGACAUACGGUGAAUCACCUUCCACACUGUCGAUCUUAUCUCGGAUCGCACCAAGGUCGUGGUUCGGUUCGUACGCCUAUUAAUAUCUUUAGAGUUCCAAUCACGACAAAACUACUCGUACGAUUUCCUUCACUCGGAGCGUUUAGUAUAAUUAAUUAGUCUAGGGUUUCAAAUUGUCUAUGUUUUAUUACAUUCCGGAACGCAUUAACUACUCGAUCUCUUUUGGAAUCGGGUAGUGCAUAGACAAAAUGACUGAUGUUUUAUUGUACGGCUGUGUGCUUAUUGAUAUUUUUUUAAGAACAAUGUUGCCACAUGAACAUUUAUUCAUUAUAUCUACACUUUAAUAAUCAGCAGCCAGAGACAGCGUUUUAUAGUUUACAAUGUGUCUCGAAGGUAAAUCUUACCCCACAGGGACACAAACACUAUACAUGGUAAUUUAUAAAUUAAUUUAUUGACCGCCAUGACUAUUUUAUUAGAACCCAAUUGUAACCUUUGUCGUUUAUGGCCGACUGUCGGUCAAAUAUUUAAAAGUGGAAUAAUCCGAACUAGUAAGAAAGUUUAUUUUAACCUUAAAAUGUGUGGUCACUUCUUAAUGCUACCUUGUACACUGUUCCUUUAAAAUAUGGGUGCCAUUGUAACAUACUUUUAUUUAUUUCCUUUAUGCACCUUUCUAAUCCAUUCGGACCAGUGAAUAAAAUCACAUAUCUGACAACAGUGUAUCGACCCAAUUAACAUAGAAUAGGUACGACUUUAAAUAUACUUUCUAGAUAUAAUUUAUAGCCCUUGCUGGGCUGUAAGCGAAACAUAAUCUUUACACAUACUUCCAAUAUAAAUAACACAAUAUUAUGUUUUUACUUUUAUUAUGUCAAUAGCAGUUGGUAGGCCUAAUCACUUAGAUAUUUCAUCGCCAGAUUUAUUAUUUACCUCAUAACACAUUUGUUUAAAUUAAAGUUUCAUUUCGAACUACAGUACCUAUACAUUGCAUUAAAACCAUUAAUUAUAUUAUUAUUGCCAAUUAUAAGUUACCAAACUAGAUUAUUCUGAAUAAACAAUACACAAAGACACGUCAUUGUAUAAACAAAAUAUGCACUUGACAAUAAAACAACACAUUUUCAUCGAUCACAAUCAACAUUUAGUGUAUUAUGCGAAAAUAGUGAUGUUGUCUACAUAUAUAUAUAGGAUAACACUAAAAAUGGUAGCUAAAUAGGCGACGUUAAGAGAAACUUGGACAUACGGAUGACUUCGAAAUGGUAAUACAUAUUUAUUUAGUCUGGUGCAGUACAUAAAAAAGUACGUGUUAAGUACUAACUUAUUUUUUUAUAUGUUUAAUGGCGCAGCUAAAUGUCGUCAAAGAAAAAAAGACGAAUUACUAGUCACAUUGUAGGUACGUUGUACUGUUUGUUACGAAUCGAGGCAAAAUUACUUAUUUUGGUAACCAUUUUAAAGUCAUCCUUUUAUGUUAUGAACUAUGAACAUUUGUAAUAAUUUUAACUGUAAAAUUACAUAACUGUGGCACUAAAUUUUAUACAAAUCAAUCAUUUCUGUUCAAGUAUUUUAUUCAGUGUUAAAUAAUGUUAUUUUUUAGUCGCAUAAAGUGCUAUAAUGAUACAUAUUAAUAAUCUAAUCUAUCCAUUUAAAUAGUUAUAUAUAUUUGUGGGCUAUUAUUUUGCUCGCAUUUGUAUUGUGUGAAAACUUAUUCAAUAUUUCUAAUAUGUACCUUUUAUGUUUAAGUGACUACUAGUGUCAUUUACGAUCAUUAUAUUAUCUAGUCACAGUAUUACUGGGUACUAGUAUUAAGUUUCCCAUUUGCUUAAGAGUAAUAAUUAAUUGAGACAAAGACAAGUAAACUAAAAGACGUGUUAAGUUCAUGGUUUUAUCUCGGCUUUGCUAGUCUAAUAAUUAAUUUAUCUUGUGCUUGUGAUUCUAUAGCACUGUCAAUCGCUAAGUAUAUCGAAGUAGUAGGGGAAUUAAUCAGUAUUAACUCCCUGUCAGUUUCAGGUUUUUAGUAGACACGAACGAAAUAUUUUAAACAAAAAAAAUAUUAAGGUAU